GAGGAAAGGCAGAAGAGUCAUCUUCUCCAGAGGACAUUGCUAGGAGAGGUGUUGGAGGCCAGGCGGGAAAGGAAAGAGGCUGAGGCAAGAAGAUCAAGUGUGAAAAAACCGGGUAACUCUGAACCUGUGAAGGGAGUGGGUCUGAAAGGACUUGAAGGGUGGAUGUGCUGAACCAGAGAAUCAUCUGACUUUGUGUUAACUCCCUUUGGGAAUUCAUGGCUGGACCGUGAAGCCAUCUGUGAUGAAGGACCUGAACAGUGACAUGUGCUUCAGCUCUGCAAGUUUCCAGUGCAGAGAAUAAAGGGAACCCAGAGCGGCUGUUGGCGGCAGAGACUUCUUGAAAGAGGAAGAGCUCGAGCAGACAGUGGGUCUCAAGAAGGGAAGCAGCCGGGCACCAGCUGGCUGGAGGCACCCCAGGCCAUGUCAGAACUUUGAGUGGGGCCUCGUGAGCGGGAGCAGCCCUCACCCACCCGCCGGCCACCCCAGCCCACGUCAAGAUGCUGAGCCUGAAGCUCCCUAGGCUGUUCGGCAUAGAACAGAUGCCCCAGGUGUUCCAUGAGCAGGGCAUUCUCUUUGGCUACCGGCAUCCACAGAGCUCGGCUGCUGACUGUAUCCUCAGCCUUUUUCAAAUGACCAAUGAGACCCUCAACAUCUGGACCCACUUGCUGCCCUUCUGGUUUUUCGUGUGGAGGUUUGUGACCGCACUGUACAUGACGGAUGUCCAGAAUGACAGCUACUCCUGGCCUCUGCUUGUGUACAUGGGCACCAGCUGUGUGUUCCCGCUCGCAUCCAGCUGCGCGCACACCUUCAGCUCAAUGUCCAAGAACGCCCGGCACAUCUGCUACUUCCUGGACUAUGGCGCCGUCAAUCUCUUCAGCCUGGGCUCAGCCAUUGCCUACUCUGCAUAUGUGUUCCCCGACACGCUAGUGUCCUCCACCUUCCAUGACUACUACGUGGCCCUGGCCGUGCUGAACACCAUCAUCAGCACCGGCCUCUCCUGCUACUCCAGGUUUCUUGAAGUCCCGAAGCCCAGACUCUGCAAGAUGCUACGGGUUCUGGCCUUUGCUUAUCCCUACACCUGGGACUCUUUUCCCAUCUUCUACAGGCUCUUCCUGUUCCCGGGGGAGAGUGCACAGAAUGAAGCCAGCUCGUACCACCAGAAGCACAUAGCCAUGACCCUCCUGGCCUCUUUCUUCUACUCCGCGCACCUGCCGGAACGCCUGGCUCCUGGACGUUUCGACUACAUCGGUCACAGUCACCAGCUGUUUCACGUGUGUGUGAUCCUGGCCACCCACAUGCAGAUGGAAGCCAUAGUUCUGGACAAGACCCAGAGGAAGGAAUGGCUCUUGGCCACCUCCAGGCCCUUUUCUUUCCAUCAGAUAGCCGGAGCCUUACUUUUGUGCAUCAUCUUCAGCCUCAGCAACAUAAUUUAUUUCUCAGCUGCUCUGUAUCGGAUGCCCGAGCCAGAAUUACAUAAAAAAGAAACAUGAUUCAGACCAUAAGCUGUUCAUGCCAGAUGCCGACAUUAAGUUGCCACAUCUUCAUCACCAUAAGCCAGUGGCAUGGUACUCAGUUCAGUGUCCUGAAUUAUUCAUAAUGAUUGGCGUCCUGGCUUUUUUGAAUGGGUUCAUUGUCAAAGUGGUAUUUAACUGGGAAACUUUUCUAAGCGUGCACUGACUCCGUGUGUGUGAUUUCUUUUCUUUGUGUGUGUGUGUGUGUGUGUGUGUGUGAUUUUAAAAGGGGAACAUUGGUUUGAGUAAGUCCUUGUUACUGGAAAUCAUUAAUAUUCUAUUUAAUUCAUCAAUUCUAUUUAAACAUAGUUGGGUUAACCCUAACAACCUUGUAACUUUGUAUUACUCUUUGAAACUGGGACUUGCUCCAUUUGAUGAAAAUCAUGUGGCAAAGCUUAUCCCAGGAGAAGCUACUUUGUCCACUACUUUGGAAUGAGGUUGAGCAGGGAAAUUCAUGGAGAGGACUUGAGGAAGAGGAAGUUCCUGUGGGAGCCCUGGGAACUGGAGUUCUGAGCUGAGAGAGACAUUCCAGAAUGAACAGACCUGGUUUGGAGAGGGGUCUUCUUUCUUUCCCCAACUAGUGAAGACAAUGCAUAGAAGAAUCCUCUCUUCCCACAAGUCUAUUCUGCCUUCAAAUGGGAAGUUCCCAUGCCAUAAUGGAUUUGGAGUCUGGAAGUUAUUUUCUUAAGAGUCCACAGCCUAUGGCUGAUGUCAUAUGCUCUGUUAUGUCUUCCUGUGACUAGUUUGAUACCAUAAAGUAUUAUCCUGUGAAGGUAAACUGUGUUAAACUAUGCAAGUUGGCUGAAUUCAGACCAAUUGGUUGUGUUCUUCUUUCAUCUUUUGAACCAGUGAAAGUGCUCUAUUUUGAGGUGGCAUACAUUUGAUGUUGCCUCAGCAUUUCAAGUGUGCUGUAAAAUUUAGUGUUCAUGUGCAGAGUAUGUUAAAGACCUUGCCAAAGAGAUGGUCAAAUGUAGUCAUUCUCAAGCUUCACUGUGAAUAAGAAACACCUAGUGAGCUUGAGACAAAUGCAGAUUCCUGGGCAAAACCGGGAGAUAAGUUGAAAUAUAAGUUUGCAUAGCUGAGCUCUGUGUUGAAACACAUCCUCCAGGUGAUUCUAACACAGAAGGGCCAGGGGUCAGACUUGAAGAAAUGCUGGUGUUGGAUAUUCCGGAAGGCCUGGGGCCUAUCGGCUUUGUUUUGAUGAAUUGAAGUCUCAGCGAUUCACUACCUAAGGACGUGCCCCUGUUUUCUGCUUGGGAACUUUCUACUCUAAAUCAUACUAAAACAUGGAGCAUUUUCUCAUCUGUUGCAUUAUCAGUAUUUCAUGGAGUUGUCAGGGAGCACAGAAAUGCUGAGGCAAACAGUUUUUCACAGAGGCCAGUGGACCCCUGAUCUGCACUUGCUAAUGACUUAAGGGGCCUCCCUCACUAUACGGGGUCUACUGUGCUAUCUCAGGAACACCCCCAUAUCUUAGAAUACCACUUCUAUGAUUAACCAGACCAGAUCCUUGAAUGGCCUUGUAAGUAGCUCAUUGUCUAAUCCUCCAAGGACAAGUAACAAUUCAUAUUGGAUGAGAGUGGUUAAGAAAAUACAAUUUCAUUAGUUUUAUUGUCUGUUUACUUCCUCUGGGGAAGGCAGACUGAAAAAAUAAAAUUAUAUGGGCAAGUUAAACUUUGGUGCAUUAAUUGCAAGCUGCACUACAAAAUUUGUUUUUCUGGCAACAAACUGACAUUGUUAGUAGAAUUCUAUACCAGCAGGGCUUCUGUUUCAUUUUACUGUAACUUCAGUUUUAUGGGGAACAAAGUUUAAAUACCCCUUUCUACUAAUGCUGAAGACAUAAUGGCUGUUAAAUUCUCUUGCUUAUAGAUAGUAAAAUAAUGUUCUCAGUUUCGUUCAGAAAGUGUUAAAAGAUAAUGGAUGAUUAAUUUGAAGGACUUAGAUUAUUUAAUCUUUGCUUAGAUUGCUUUUUUGUCAUGCUUAAUGAUGAAAAUGAAGUGUUAAAUCAACAGAAUAAGAUAAUUAAGUGUUUCAUAAUGUAUUUGUAAGCUUGGUGAACUUGAGCUUCAAUGUACACUUUUGGAAAGUGUUACAAAUUAACAUUUAAAACAGUUUGCAGUAUACCAUUUGGAAGCUUCUAAUGUGAGAUGAGUAUUAUCAUUAAGCAUUGAGUACUACAUAUCAGAUGUCUAUUGUGGAUAUACUUUUGCCCAAAUCAUCCCAGAAAGUCAAAAAGUUUGGCAGAGGGUCAGUUGAAGACCUCACUGGGAAGAUGUUUUUAAUGCAGUGGUUCUCAAAAAUUUUUUUUAAUGUCUCAAUUAUACCUAAGAGAUGUGACACACUCCCCUUGGUAAUAAUUGCUCACCAUAACACUGUCUCCAAAGGGACUUUGGGUGCAGGGGCCACACUCCUAAAGAGAUGCACCUCUUCCUCCUCCCCUGCGUGAGAACCGUUUCCUACUCUAAAGCAUUACCGUUGUCAUAAAACUUGAAUGUGUUCGAAUGAGGCAAUUUGGGUCUUUAUUGCCCUUCAUUCAUUGAAGGGUUUAAUUUUCCAUUUCCAGUUUUUAGAGAGUAACUCUCUAAAGAAAUGAAUUUGUGAUUAUUAGUAGAAUGUUGUGAGAUGUUUAGAGGAUUUUUGAGUCCAAAGUGAUUUAAAUAUUUGGCCUGCUGCAGUAUUUCCCAGUGUUUUUCAAGGAAUCUUGUUCCUUUGAGAAAUUCUGGAAAGGUAGAGCAUUGUAGAGUAGUAUUGUCAGAUAAGUUCUAGAAGCCCUUCAUUUGUAUCUAUUGUGUUCCAAACGGUUUUGACCAUGGCCACCUUUUUUAUUAAUCUAUUAACACUUUAUUACAGUGCUUUAUAACAUAUUGUUGAAUGCCAGCCUCUAAUUUUCUACUCAGCUGCUCAUUAUGGUUGAAGAGGCAAAGACCCAUUUCCAAAUUCAGAGAUAUUCUUCCAACUUACACUAAUGUCUGGUUUUCUUGACCUAAGUGGGAGAAAAAAAAAUAAAAUUAUGAUAAGGUGGUUCUGUUUCUCAUUUGAUCACCUCAUUGAUCACCUACCACACUGCAGACAAACGUGUUUAUUCACCAGGAGAAAUAAGUCCUUGUACACAUGUGCAUUGUUAAAUCAUUCCAUGAAUAUUAAUUUAGUACCUGGGGUGUACAGGCUGACUCUGUUCUAGGAACCGGGGGUACAGAAGUGACAAAACUUAUGAAGCCCCUCCCUCAUGGAGCUGACAUUCUUGUUGGGCAGUCAGGCCAUAUGCAAGAUAAAUUCAGAUAAUGGUAUGUGCUAUAAAGAAAAGUGUGGCAAUGGAAUAAGGAGGAGUGGGGUAGGGCAGGCGGGAUUGGAUGGUGACUCUGAUCAACUGAAAUCUGAGGAAAGACCUAAUUGGCAAAAAGGAGGCAGCCUUGCCAAGGUGCAGAGCGGGGUGGGGGUGGGGUCCUUCAGGACCAGGCAGCGGUAAGUGCGAAGGCCCCAAUGCCAGAAGACACUUGUCCUAUUGGAAGGAUGGAAAUCAGGCUACUCAUUCCUGAAAUAUGGGCACUCCAGAAGAUGUCUGGAUGUUUUGACUAUUGAAGAACCCUGAAAUUUCUAAAUUUUCUUCCUGGGCAAUUGUGUCACUUUCCCGUGCUCCCUUGGCUUGUAUGGAAUGCUUCGGCCAGUAUUAAAUACUCCAGGCAAACUUCACUCCCAUUCUCUUCAUGCCAAGCAACAGAUUUCUAAAACUGACUUAAGUUUUGCCUCCUCCAGAGCACAGAAUGAAGAGACCUCAAAGUUCAUUUAAUCCAACCUUUCUAAAAUUUUCUCAGUGAUAUAAAAUGUACAUUCUUGGGCCCAAACACAGGUGAGGGUCCCAGAAGUUUGGAUUUUUAGCAAAAAGCCGAGGUGAUAUUUAACAUUAAGGGAGUUUAAGAGGUGCCCAUCUAGUCCAACCAUUCUUGUUUUUUUUUUAAAUGAAGUAUUCUUGCUUUCUUAAAAUUUAUUUAAAAUUUAUUUUGUAUAAGAACUCAGAGAUGACAUUUUUUUCUGGUCUUAAAAUAUGGUAUGUCAAAAUUCUUGGUUUUAUGCUGCUGUGCCAUUUUGAAUGACAAUAAAGAAAAAGAAAGUAAAAUUGUAUAUGAAAUAAUGUUUGAAGAUUUUCACAUAUCUGUAACUAUGAAUCAUUAUAAUACCUUUUGAUCUUCAGUGUCAAUUAAAAU